CUGGGCAACUAAUCGUAAUAAUCAUGUGACUAUUUUACUGGAUACCGGUCUUGCGCGAGAAGGGUGUUUCGUCAAUUAAUUACCGGAAACCAGUCGAAUUUUCAUCCGGGCUAUGUGCAAGCCAAGAUAUAAACAUGAAAACAGAAAAAAAAUGUAUCACAAUUGGCGUUCCUACACAAACAAAAUAAAACAUUCGGACUUGGAAAAUACUGAACGCAUUGAGGCAUUUGUUUAAAAAGGAUCAUCGAAAACCGUUUUAACCCAGCAGGAUUCUGAGUACUCAUUUAUUGAAACAACAUCACCGUGCAUCAAAUGGGAUGUGAUCACGCCUUCAAAUAUUGCCUACUUCAACGAGAAUUUUUUUAACGACAACCACGUUAGCGAACCCGUGGAGAUGGACAAGCUACAGGCGAAUCAGGAGCAACGGUCGUCUGAACCUAGGCCACACAUGCUCAAGCGUUGGUUUGCCUCCGUCCCGGAAGCAGACCGCAAAUACAUGACAGUUCCAAAGUCGUUUAGAAAAGCGAGACAUAAACCCGUGCAAAAAGGUUACAUCGCUCGUGCAUUGGAUGUAAUAUAUAAACGAGUUCCCAUCAUUGAGUUUUUGAAGACCUACGAGUUUAAAAAGAAUGCUGCUGCAGAUUUAGUAGCCGGCUUGGCUGCGACGGGUCUGCACUUUACGCAAGGCCUUGCGUAUGCCAUUAUGGCUGGGCUACCCCCUUGGCUUGGAAUGGUCUCCACCAUUUUGCCCGUGCUGAUCUACAUGAUAUUUGGAUCCUCGCCUCACACUUCCAUUGGCACCAACGCCAUAGCGUCUAUUAUGAUUGGUGACAUGCUUCUUGAGCCAAGCCUAAAGGCUAGAAUGCUUGCCGCCUCGGAAGGCGGAAUGCCCUAUGUGCAUCUUGUUGUGAACAAUUCGUCUGAAACGUUAAAUGGCAUGAACGCAACCGCAGCUUCGUACACUUUGAGCCUAGAGUCUUCUAAAGGGUACAUGGAUCAAAGGAUUGCACUUGUCUCCGGAGCAACAUUGUACAUUGGCAUAAUGUUCUUCUUGAUGGCUAUUUUCCGCAUAGGUUUCUUGAUGACAUACUUGUCACAGUCGUUUAUGAGCGGUUUCACGACGGGAGUAGCCGUGCACAUCUUCAGUAGCCAGAUAGCGUUAGCACUCGGCUUGAAACUGCCACCAAGCGAGGGCUUUGGAAAACUGGUAAAGUUGUACUAUAAUGUAUUUGCACACAUUUCAUCUGUGCACGUUCCGGAUCUAUUGGUCUCCCUCAUAUGCGUGGCAAUUUUGAUUGCUGUCAAAAUAGGUAUCAACGAAAAAUUCAAAUUAAGAAUUCCUAUUCCAAUUGACUUCAUUUUAACAAUUAUUUUCUAUUUUGCACAGCUGCCUUCCAAAUUUGACGUGAAAUCGAUAGGAGUUGUUGAACUUGGUUUUCAUGCGCCUAUUAUGCCGGCCAUGUUUCCGGUCGGCCCAUUGCUGCUAUACGCUCUGCAAAUAGCUCUGGUCACCUUCUUCUUGAACAUCUCGGUGGUCAAAAUUCUCGCCAGACGGAACGGAUACGAAAUCGACGAGAACAUUGAGCUGAAUGCAUACGGAAUGUGUAACAUCCUUCCCGCUUUCUUUUCCAUUCUUCCUGCCAGCGUGGCGCCACCAAGAGCCUCUUUGCUGUCCGCUAUGGGAGCAAAAACAACCAUGAACGGUGUAUCCACGUUCGUCAUAAUGCUUGCUUUGGUAUUUUACUUUGGUCAGUUUUUCGAAUCCUGUCCGAAAGCUGUGUUGGGGUCAAUGAUAAUGGUCGCUAUGAAAGAUUUGCUCAAACAGAUGACUUGCCUGCCAAAACUCUGGAAAGUUAAUAAAAAUGAUUUUACCAUCUGAAUAUUUGUAGCCAUCGCGUGUAUUUUAUAGACAUUCCAUACGGACUCGCACUGGGCGUGCUCGUGUCCCUGCUGUCGGUGGUCAAUCAGAGCCAACGAGGCUGGGUUUCCAUCCUUGGCAAGUCUGACUCAGAGGACCUUUACAUGGACUCGGAGCUAUAUGGAUCCAUCCACGAGCUGCCGAGGAUCAAGAUUGUACGUAUGGAGGCUUCGCUGUACUUCGCCACGGCCGAACAGUUCCGGAAGAACAUAAACAAGAUAAUUGAGCAAGACACGGAACAUUAUGACGAUGACACAGAGGAAGACCCUGAAUCGGAACAAACAAACAUUGCGUUAACUGUUGAAUGCCGAUGACAAAGAAGAAGUCAACAUUGAUGGAGAAACACAGAAACUAAAAAAUGGUAACGCAGACCACGGAGACGAUAAUGCUUCGGAUGAUGAAUCCGACCAGUUCAGAACGAAGAUCCUUAUUACAGAUUGCAUACCGUUUGAUUUCAUGGACGGUACCGGUCUGGACAUGCUGAAACUGGUCAUAUUUGAGCUGAAGUGUGUUAAUAUCGAGGACUACCUUGCGCGAUGCUCUAAGUACAUGCUGCGGAUGCUGGAAGUGUCGGACGCGUACGACGGGUUACCGAGGGAACACGUUUUCAUUGACCUCCCAGACGCCGUGGAACAGGCUAGGAAAAUGGUUGAAGGGAAACGGCCACACCAUGUGCACCAUAUCGUUGAAAUGCAUAAACAUUUCUUUUGGAGUGAUUUAGACACUCCGUUAUAUUAUGACAUGGUACGAACAACAUUAUACGUUAUUUGCACAUGCGUUUUGUUAAGUUUCAGUAAUGGUAGUAAAUAAAAAAU